GAGCCGGGACUAGUGAUCGGGUCAAGAAAUCCCCGCUCCAUAUUUUGUCAAAAAACCCGCCGAGCCCAAAACCCAAACCUCCACAAGUUUCCACCUUUCCCCGUCUUUGCUUUCAUCGUCGGAGCAAAAUCGAUGUUUCUUAGCAGCCUCACAUCACCUUCAACGAAUUCUCAAAGCAAAUUUUCUUUUCUUGGUGUUGGUACUUGGUAGACGCCAGCAGCAGCAAAGUUAGAUUGCUUUCUUCAGAGUGUCACAGAUUGUUGAAUUGCGCAUGAUUUUAUUCAGACGCAGACCAUUUCACAGAAUGAACAUUCAUGCCCUCCAUAGCAAUUUCUGCUCUCUGCUCCCUGUUCAACUUCCGUCUCGAAUGGAAAGUCAUUUGUGGUAUGUUUUGCCUGGUGAGGUGAAGAGUGAGGGCCUUUUGAAUCGGUAUUUCGAGCUUCUGUCACCGUCUGAGAGAGAUAAUGUUUUGGGCAUGCGUGGGAUUGAGCUCCAGAAAAGAGCAUUGCUUGCCCGGGCAUUGGUUCGGACUACGAUUUCUAGAUAUACAAACCAUCGAGUUGAUCCGAGAUCCUUAAACUUUAAAAAGAACAGUCAUGGGAAGCCUGAGGUAGAGUGGAAAAAUGCGGAUGGCUGGCAGCCACCACCGUUGCAUUUCAACCUCUCGCACACUUCUUCCUUGAUAGCUUGUGGAGUAACGGUGGAUUCACCAAUAAGUAUUCGGAGUAUUCAAAUCGGUAUAGAUGUGGAAAAUAAGAAACGGAAGUUGAAGAACGAAAUUUUAGCUUUUGCUCGAUGGUACUUUUCUUCUCAUGAAGUGGAACAUUUAUCUUCUGUUUCGGACAUUGAAAUUCAGCGUCAACAGUUUAUAAAAUUAUGGACUCUCAAGGAGGCAUAUGUGAAAGCAUUGGGAAAGGGCUUCUCUGCUUCACCGUUUAAGACCUUCACCAUUCGAUUCAGGGAUGCAGCUAAGGGAGGCGUCAAUUCAUCUGGGGAUGUAGAUUCUGAGAUGUCCGAAAUCAGCGUCGAACCUUUUGGCCCCGUGAACCUCACGAGAAAUUGGCAAUUUUCGCUUCUAGAGUUGGCCGGCUCUCAUUAUGCUGCGAUUUGCAUGGAAAGACAUAAAACCAUUGGAGGUAAAGAAAACGCUCCGAUAGAAUUGACAGUGUGGAGAAGUAUUCCGUUUGUUGAAGAAGAAUGUGUUACAGGAACUGAUGCGGCUGUACCAAUUGGCGGAUAGAAUUGUCUUCGUCGUCUUGCUCAACUAGUAUAAAGUUUUCUAGCCAGUGAUUCUGUUGAACAGUUGGUACUUCAAACCCAUGUAUUGUUACAGAGAAGUUCCUCGAACCCACUAAAUCGUAACUGAGUUUGUCCGAA